GUCUGUGUGCUCAGAUAACAUCAGAUGGUUUAUAGUGGUCUGUACUCUGUGGUUUAGAUGUAAACAAAUGGUUGAACGAGUCAUCCUAAUACUUCUAAUUAGCGAAAAGCAAUAAAAAAAGCAUGAAGAACAGCCAUGGCAACAGCUACGAGUAUACCCCUCAGGAAUAUGUUAACAUGUUACUGUGUUACGGUAAAGCUCGGUGUGUCACUACAGAAGCACUUAGAAUUUCUAAGAAAAAGUAUCCAGAUAGUCCUUGUCCGGGGUUUAGGACUUUUCACUUAACAUUUCAGCGAAUAGCAGAUAAUGAACCAAUUGUCCCUUCCAGGGCAUUAGGUCUUGAUGCGAAAGGGCGUAAGGUUAAAAGAACAUACGAAAAAGUAAUUUUAAGUGUCUAUAAAAAUGAGCCUGGUCUAAAUUUAAAUGCUAUGCGAACACUUCUCCGAAAACAAAAUAUUAAAGUUACCAUCUCAAAUAUUAAAUCCAUUUUAAAACUCAAUGGCUUGUCAUACACACCACAAAUUAGACCUAAAAAAAACCGCCGUUUAUUCUACUGUGAAUGGUUGCUGAGACGUUUAAAACGAGACAAAAUGUUCAUGCAAAAUGUACUGUGGACAGAUGAUUCUGUAUUCACAAAAUGGAAUAUGAAGAACAGGCAUAUCCCAGGCCAGGCAGCAACCACGCCUGAUGGCUGGUCACUAAAUGUGUGGGCAGGCAUGCUUAAUGAUGAAUUAUUUGGGCCAGUAUUUCUUCCACAGCCAACUUCCUAUGAGACAUACUUAGAGUUUGUAAAAGGGCCCCUAAUGGAAAUAUUAUAUGAGUUGCCACUGGCUCAACGAAGCACCAUGUGGUUUCAGCAUGAUAAUUUCAAACCUCAUAAUGGCAUGAAAAUCACAGUUAAACUCAACAGCUUGUUCGAAAGGCGAUGGAUAGGUGUAGAGAGGUUCAACCCCUUUCCCUUCAAUGCUGCAGAUUUGUCUCCGAUACACUUUAUAUGGGAUUAUAUUAAAAUGAAGGUGUUUAGCAAAGAGCACAACACAGCUGGGCAGAUGCAAGAAGCUAUAGUGAGUGCAUUUAAUGAUUUGAGGUCAGAAUGCAAAGAGAAUCCAAUACUCCACUCCAGUCAGUUUGCUAAUGUCAUAAAAACUGUUCAGGCUUGUGUCAAGAGUGAACGAGGUAAAUGAAAAAAGCUCUUAAUUAGUAAUAAAUCAUUGUAAUUUGCUUU